GGUCUGAGUGCAAGGAAACUGUGCACGAUAUGAUAUGUAAGGACUCAGCUCAACCACCUCACACAGAUAUCGUUCACACUCCAGGAUUGUCAUCUAACAAGGCCCUACAGGCUCCGGAUACGACAGCCACUCCAUCAAGCCCGAAGCCAAAGCGACCUUCAAAUGCGGCGACGAGUACAGCCUCAAGAUCACAGACGGAUCCAAAGAUCCGAGCGGACUCGAUGUGAAACACACCUGCUUGGGCCCCAAAGACAUCAGUGCGGUCUCCGGCGGCAAGGUAAACAGUGAGCUCCAGGAAAAGUGGGGCGCGGAGUUCUGCAAGUCGACGGCAGGCAAGAAGAUCAAAGCCGGCGAUAAGACGAUUGAGAAAACCAACGUGGAUGAAACGAGGGAUAAGAACGCCUACGAGUACUCGGUGUCGUGGCAAGAGAAUUGCAAGAGCGAGGUCACGGAGCUUGAUGUUCAGUUUCCUUUGGGGAAGGAUGACAAGAACACCUGCGAGUCACUCAUGCAGUCCAUAUACGAGCCGUGUGAUAAGGAUGGUGACAAAGGUGGAUAUUAUGAUGUUGGUUGCGCGAGGUAUUCGUUUGCAAUUUUGGCAACAACUAGGGCGGAACAUGAGCAGGGUACUAG